CCACAAUCUAUCAAAACACGAAAUGCAGCGCAUUCUCAGCCUCGCAUUCCUCGCCCUGUGCGCAGGCAAUGUGCUUGCCGCUCCAUAUACUCAGGAGGACCAAGACUCUGGUACAACAACAUCAAAAGACUGCUACGUCGACCAAUCCGGCAAAGAGUUCUGCGGCCAAUCCCUCAAAUCCUUGAAAUCGCAGUACCAAUCCCAAUGCGCCGACAAAGUCUGGACCCAGCAAUAUCCGCCCUCCCCCGAACACCAAGCCUGUAUCGACCUGGACAAGAAAAUCCGCGAAAAGGAAGCCCUGGAACACGAUAGAUCGCAGUACCAAACCCAAUGCGCCGACAAAGUGUGGACCCAGCAAUAUCCGCCCUCCCCCGAACACCAAGCCUGCAUCGAUCUAGACAAGAACAUCCGCGAAAAGGAAGCCCUGGAACACGACAGAUCGCAGUACCAAACCCAAUGCGCCGACAAAGUCUGGACCCAGCAAUAUCCGCCCUCCCCCGAACACCAAGCCUGCAUCGACCUCUCCAAGGACAUCCGCGAAAAGGAAGCCCUGGAACACGACAAAUCGCAGUACCAAACCCAAUGCGCCGACAAAGUCUGGACCCAGCAAUAUCCGCCCUCCCCCGAACACCAAGCCUGUAUCGACCUCUCCAAGGACAUCCGCGAAAAGGAAGCCCUCCAACACGACCGGUCGCAGUAUCAAGAUCAAUGCGCGGACCGCGUGUGGCCGGAUAUUUUCCCUCCCGUACCGGCGGAGCAGGCGUGUAUUGAUUUGGCGAAGAAGAUUGACGAGAGGGAGGGUUUGGAGAGGAUGAAGAAUCAGUAUCAGGAACAGUGUGCGGAUGCGUAUUGGGGAGAAGGAGGAGGAGGUUGA